AUGACAGAUUCACCUAGAAUAUUAACUAUUAGAGUAGUUAAAUCACUUGAAUACAGAAACAUAAAGAAUUUACUGGUGCACGGCAGUGAUUUGAAUAUGAAGGUUAGCGAAUUCAAGAAAUAUGUACUUGAGAAGAUACAAACUACAGCAGGCUUUUUACCAUUUAGAACCCUCGAUUUAAAUACAAUGAAAAUAUUUUUUAUUCCACAUAAACAAAAGCCAAAUAAUUUAACUAUAAAUUUAGAGAAUGACGAGAAUUAUAUAUUAAAGGAUGAUUUGACAUUAUCUGAACAAGGUGUUGCGGACUAUCAGAAAUACAAAUCGAAUCCAACUGAUAAAUGGUAUGUGUCUCUCAGAAUAAUCAUCAAUAUUAUAAAAUUAGUAAUUGUAAUAGAAAAAAAGAUAUUUGAUAAUCAGAUCAGUAGUCGUAGUCGUCGUAGUAAUAGCAGUAUUUUUAAAAGUAAAAUAAAGAAAUUAGUUGUAAUAUUAGUAACACUUUAA